UAGGCAUCAGUCCGCUGCCGCCUGCGUAGAUGUUGGAUGAUGAAGCCCAGGACCUCCCUAGAGAGAGAUGGUCGACACCACCCUUCGACCCGCGCUUCCCCAACCAGAACCAGACCCGUAACUGCUACCAGAACUUCCUAGACUAUCACCGCUGCCGGAAGAGAGCGAGCCGCCGCGGGAAGAGCAUGCAGCCCUGCGAGUAUUAUUUCCGCGUGUACCGCUCGCUGUGCCCCGCCAGCGGGGUGCGGCGCUGGAACGAGCAGAUCCGGGAAGGGACCUUCGCAGGCAAAAUCUGAGCGCCAGCGCGGGGUUAGCCGCAGUGACCCCCGUCUCAUCUCGAGACCCGGCCUUGGUUACCCCCUCCAUCCCGCCCCCACUCUCUAAGGCACAAAUAAAUGUCGCUGGCGCUUCUUGUC